AAGCCAAAAAUCAACGCACAAGACUUCGUAAUUUGUCAGUGUUUUUACUGGAAAAUUUUCCAAAUUCCGUCGAAAUAUUAUCGAUUCCCGAGUUCAAACAUGGAGUAACCGCUUUCUCCGAUACAAAAUUUCCCCGUGGAAGAAUAUAAAUAAACCCUUGUGUUCCGGUCGUUUGUUUGCGCAAGCGGAGGCGAUUCAGAUCGAACAGUUUCGCUAGGCCGGCAGCUUGAAAGUUCUCACUGCGAUGAUCUUCCGCGUGGUGGAUGCGGCCAAGGUGAUCGGAACCCGUCAGAAUCUCUUACCGUAUUUGGCGCUCUGCCAGCAUCGGGGGAAUCAGGUUCUUGCACUGCGGAAACUAUCGGUGCUAUGUAAUUCUAGGAUUUCGAAUACGUUUGUAGUUAAUGUAAGGAAACAUGAUAAGAAGCUACCCAGUAUUCCGAGGCUAUCGUUUAGCUCGCAAUCGACGCCACCGAAAAAGGAUAAGAAGGAUGGGACUGAUGGAAAGCAAGCCACCCAGGAGAACACCCUGGAGAUUAACACCAAAAAUGGAAAGUUGCUGGUGACGACCACGACGGCGGAUUCCAAGCUGCAGGGGGUGAUAAUUGAAAAUCCCCAAGCAGUCAAUCUUUUUCAGGGUAGCGUUGAUCCUGCGGGAUCCAAAGAGAUGCUUCAACAAAGCACAUCAGAACUCAGUGAGGAAGAGAAACGUCGAAAGACCGAAGCUGAUUUGAAGAAGCAGCUUGCCGAAAAGAACAGGCAGCUGGCGAAAAAGCGUAUUCAGGUGGAUUUCUCGCGGUCGUCGCUGGAGAGGAACUUCAUCACUCCGGUACGGGCGAUGUCGGAUUUUCUGCUGAAGCCGUCGGACUUGGAAGGAUUGCCAAAGACCAAACGAAGAUCCCCGUACGAACAGGAACCACCCAUCACGGUGUACUGGCGGAAGGACGUAGACGCGAAGGCCAUCGAGUUGUGGGGCUCGCGGGAGAAUCUGCUGAAGGAGUGUCUCAAGAGAGAAAUCGAGAAAAAGCGACACCAACAAAAUAUUUUCACGGUUAAACGAAGGUUGCGUGACUACCGGAGGGAAAUUGGAAGUCGGACGAAUGUUGUGGACUCGGAACCGGGACUGUUUGGUUCGUCUGGAAAGGUGGUGCUGACGGCUAUUGCGAUCAACGCCACCAACUGUAUAUUCAAAUUUGGCGCCUGGUUGUAUACCGGUUCGCACAGUAUGUUUGCCGAAACGAUUCAUUCGCUGGCGGACACCAUCAAUCAGUUGAUUCUGGCCUAUGGAAUUCACAAGAGUACGCAGAUUGCUGAUUCCGAUCAUCCAUACGGCUACACCAAUAUGAAAUACGUAUCGUCGCUAAUCUCCGGAGUGGGAAUUUUUUGCGUCGGAACAGGGCUUUCGUUCUACCACGGCAUAAUGGGUCUGGUGGAUCCGCAUCCCUUGGAUGACUUCUUCUGGGCGUUCUUCAUUCUCGGAGGGUCGUUGGUCUCCGAAGGAGCUACUCUAUUGGUGGCCAUCAAUAGCUGCCGGACCGGAGCAAAAGCACUGGGAAUGAGCUUUAAAGAUUAUGUUGUCCGUGGGCAGGAUCCUUGCGUCAAUGUAGUCUUAGCGGAGGAUGCCGCGGCAGUGUUGAGCGUAGCCCUGGCUGCCACCUGCAUGGGCCUGUCCACCUACACCGGUUCACCGAUUCCGGACGCCGUGGGCUCGUUGCUAGUCGGUUGCAUGCUCGGCGGAGUGGCAUCCUUCAUCAUCUACACCAACGUUGCUGCUCUAGUGGGACGAUCCAUUCGGCAGGAGAAUCUUGACAGGAUAAAUGCUGAACUGGAGAGCGAUAUUAUGAUCAGAGCCAUUCACGAUGUCAAAGGAAUCGAUAUGGGAAACUCGCUGGUGCGAUAUAAGGCUGAAAUGGAUUUUGAUGGACGUGAACUGACGCGGGUCUAUCUGGACAAGCAGGACCUGAACAUGCUGCUGGAAGAAGUCAAAACGUUCCAGACGAUCGACGAAUUGGAGGCGUUCCUACUGAAGCACGGCGAGAACAUUGUCGAUUUGAUGGGUGGCGAAAUCGAUCGGAUCGAGAUGAAGCUGAGGAAAAAAUUCCCUGAAAUUCGACACUGUGAUCUGGAGAUCCUAUAAGCCUCCCGCUCAUCUUCUACGUUACCAGGCGGUCUCGGUUUAAAGUGAGUGUGUGGCAAAAACUCGAAAAAAAAUCUAACGAUUCGCAAGUCUGACAUACACACAUGGGAGUUUGUUUUAUCUUUAUAUUUUUUUACGUUUUAAGCAGAAGCAGUAAUUCCAAAUUUAAAAUGAAAUCAAUACAAAUCUAUUUAACACUCCAGCACUAACUAAUAAACUACUGAAACUAACUGAAACUUGGUGAUAAACUACGAUGGCGCUGUUUAGAGUGACGCUUUUUAGUAGGUACUUACACAACGGACAUCUGCAGAACUUUGAGGACCUUACUUGAUGCCGAUCCAAAGAAGAAUAAGAAAACAACUAACUGCAGAAACCAAUGAUAAGAGGUACAGAUUGUGACUAGGUACCGUUACACUGGAUGUUCAAACAUUUUCGCUGUUGUUAAAACAAAAUAGCAAAAAAGUAUCAAAAUAUGGAAAUUACAACUCAACAAGAUUAGUGAGACAAUACCUAGCUAUUUUGCAGUAAUAAAUAAUUCAAUGCAAUCAA